CUAAAGUAGCGCACUCGCGCACCCGAGAACUCCAGCUGCUGCCCGGGCGCACUUUGCUCCAGGUGCUCGGCGAAGCAUCUGUUUCGGAGCUCGGGGCUGCACAAUGGCAGAACAAGUUUCCCCUGAAAAGGCGACGGACCAGGUAUGCACCUUCCUGUUCAAAAAGCCUGGACGAAAGGGGCCCGUAGGCCGCAGGAAGCGCCCGAUCUGCGACCCAGAGCCCGGAGACAGCAGCAGCAGCAGCGGCGAAGAAGGCAGCACUGUGGUUCGCCGCGAAAAGAAGCGGGCGACCCACAAUCCGAUGAUACAGAAGACCCGUGGCAGUGGUAAACAGAAGGUGGUGUACUGUGAAUUGAGUAGCGAGGAGGAGGAGGAGGGGAAUGGGAAGGGUAAUGAGACUGAGACUCUCCGUGUGGUCUACAAGUCCACCCGCUCGGCGAAACCCGUGGGGCCAGAGGAUAUGGGGGCGACUGCUGUCUACGAACUAGACACAGAAAAGGAGCGUGACGCACAAGCCAUCUUUGAGCGCAGCCAGAAGAUCCAGGAGGAGCUGAGAGGCAAGGAAGAUGACAAGAUCUAUCGGGGAAUCAAUAACUAUCAGAAAUACAUGAAACCCAAGGAUACAUCCAUGGGCAAUGCUUCCUCCGGAAUGGUGCGGAAGGGCCCCAUCCGAGCUCCCGAGCAUCUCCGUGCCACCGUGCGCUGGGAUUACCAGCCCGACAUUUGUAAGGACUAUAAGGAGACUGGCUUUUGCGGCUUCGGAGACAGCUGCAAAUUCCUCCAUGACCGAUCAGAUUACAAGCAUGGGUGGCAGAUCGAACGUGAGCUUGAUGAGGGUCGCUAUGGUGUCUACGAAGAUGAAAACUAUGAAGUGGGAAGCGAUAGUGAGGAAAUACCAUUCAAAUGUUUCAUCUGUCGCCAGUCCUUCCAAAACCCCGUCGUCACCAAGUGCAGGCAUUAUUUCUGCGAGAGCUGUGCACUGCAGCAUUUCCGCACGACCCCGCGCUGCUACGUCUGUGACCAGCAGACCAAUGGCGUCUUCAAUCCAGCGAAAGAAUUAAUUGCCAAACUGGAUAAGCAUCAGGAUGCAGAAGAGGAUGGGAAAAUGACAGAGGAAAAGGCAGGUGAUGAAGUAGGUUCCUGGAUAGAUGGCUUGUGAAAGCAUCAAGAUAACAUUACUGACUCACACUCCCAAGAUGUCUUGCAGAAAUCAUUAAGCAGAAAGGACCACCUGGCGUGACGAAGACCCUGGACAGGAUGCCACCAAGAACUAAAAUGAAAUUAUGAAGCUUGCACAAGAACUGACCAAUCAACAACGCAGCCCACAACCCUGAACCUCUUACUCAUGCUUAAUCAUGAUAUUUUGCCUUUAAAAGCCCCCAAUUGUAAGCCAUCAGUGAUCUGGGUUUUUAAGUGAUAGCUUCCAGUUAUUCUUGUGUGGUGCCCUGCAAUAAAGCUACCCUAAUUCCU